AUUGAAAGAGAAACAAUAUCGGUAUCUAUCGUUCCAGAAGAUGUUGAGGUAGUUGAAGUGACCCCGUUAUUAGAUUCAAAGUCUCGCACGAAUUCGAUAUUCAUACCUGCACUUGAUAAAGAACUUGCAAAGAUCAGUACAUUUUAUAUCAGUAAAGAAAAAGAGCUUUUUGAUGAAGUUACGAGUCUUAUUCAUGAUUUCGCCAUAUUCGAAAACCUUAAUGAUUCUAUGAGUGUUCAUAGUAACUCACUGGUUACAGGACAUUCUUAUCAAUCAUCUGAGAGUGCAUUUAGUCAAGGUCGUAAUUCUCAUUCUUAUAGAAGAAGCAGGUCGGCUUCAGAUGCUGCUAAUUCAUAUAUUAGCAGUGAUGAUGAUGAAAAUUAUAAUUAUUCAGCUAUUAAUAUAUUUGAUGGGCGUCCAACAUAUAUGUGGGGGCCACCAUCCAUCGAAGAGCGAAGGAUACACUUAAAGAAACGUACCAUUGAGCUUUUCGUUUGGUUGUCUGAACUCAAAUCAUUUGCUUCUCUAAACAAAACAGGAUUUUCGAAAAUUUUAAAAAAAUAUGAUAAAGUUACCAGUAAUAAUCUUAAGGUUUCCUAUUUAAGCAAUGUGGUGAAUGACGCGUAUCCGUUUAAAGCUUCAACUGUUAAAAAUCUUGAAGAUCACAUUGUGAAAGUGCAAGAAAUUUAUUCCCAUUUAUGUACCAGCGCUGACAUGGAUGCUGCAAUGCGUGAACUCAAGACUCAUUUGAGGGAAUUUAUAGUCUGGGAAAGGAAUACUAUUUGGAGAGAUAUUAUCGGCCUAGAAAGAAAGUCUCAUGCUGUAGGUGUGAAAGCACCAGUGGCAGUAGAGCAAUUAGCUGAAACUCCAGCGAAUAUUAAAACACCUUUUGGUACGAAAGAAGAACAAAACAAUUGUUUUGCUCUAUUGAUAUUUGCUAGUCUUCUUUGGUCUUUAGAGGUUAUACCCCUUUUCGUCACGUCACUUUUAGUUCCACUAUUGGUCGUAUGUUUACGCGUAUUACGAUCACAUGAAACUCCACAUGAGCGACUUGAUGCACGUGAAGCUACGAAACUUAUUUUUUCUACUAUGUUUUCACCGGUUAUAAUGCUACUUUUGGGUGGCUUUGCUAUUGCUGGCGCAUUAAGUAAAUAUCAUAUUGCCAAAAUGAUGGCGACAAUUGUGUUGUCGAAAGCCGGAACAAACCCGAGUUUUGUUCUUCUAUAUAAUAUGUUUGUUGCAACUUUCGCAAGCAUGUGGAUAAGUAAUGUUGCUGCGCCAGUUUUGUGUCUUUCACUAAUUCAACCAAUUCUUCGAAGCUUACCUCCAGAUAGCUCAUUUGGACGAUGCUUAAUUUUAGGAAUUGCUUUGGCAUCAAACAUUGGUGGCAUGGCAUCUCCCAUAUCAUCACCACAAAAUAUAGUAGCAAUUCAAAAUAUGGAUCCUUCUCCUACAUGGAUUCAAUGGUUCUUCAUAGUAAUUCCAUUAUGUAUAAUUGUGGAUAUUUUAAUUUGGCUUUUAUUACUUUGGAAUUAUCAACCCCAUAGUGAUUCACUAACCAUUCACCCAAUUCGAUCAACCAAAGAUCCUUGGACUGGAACUCAAAUAUUUGUUAUUGUGGUCACUAUUAUAACAAUUUUAUUGUGGUGCAUUGAAAAGCAACUGGAAUUUUUCUUUGGAGAUAUGGGAGUUAUAGCUGUUGUACCAAUGAUUCUAUUCUUUGGUACAGGUAUUUUAACUAAGGAAGAUUUCAACAAUUUUCUGUGGACAGUUAUUAUACUUGCAAUGGGUGGUAUAGCACUUGGUAGUGCUGUACAUGAUUCAGGGCUUUUACAUGUUAUUGCUAAAACUUUUCAAUCGAUGACUAGUGAUUUGGAUGUAUGGCAAGUGUUUGUGGUAUUUGCUCUGUUGGUUUUGGUUGUAGCUACAUUUAUUAGCCAUACCGUCGGUGCAUUGAUUAUUUUGCCUAUUGUCGCUGAAGUUGGGGAUAAGUUGGGUGGCGCACAUAGAAAUUUACUUGUCAUGGGGUCUGCAUUAGUGUGUUCUAUAGCUAUGGGACUGCCGAUAUCCGGUUUUCCGAAUAUGAAUGCAAUAAUGAUGGAAGAUGAGAUGGGAUUACGAUACCUUAGUGUAAUGGAUUUCGUAAAAUCUGGUGUUCCCGGAUCUGUGCUAGCAAUGUUGACCAUAGUUACG